AUGUCAUUAGAAGUGGCAUAAACUAUUCGUUAAGAACAUCCAAACAUUAAAAUUAACAUCAUUGAUCCCAAACGAUGAAAAUCAAUUCUAAGUUUAAUAUGGUCCUGAACUCACAAAUCUUGUUUUGGAUCUACAUGUUGAAAAAGGAAUCAACAUAUAUGAGAACAUAAAGAUCAAGAAAUUCGAAAAGGAUUCAAUUGUCUUCAAGGGAAAGAAGAAACUCAAAUCUGAUGCACUGAUCUUGUUCCCAAGCACAGUAUCACCAAAAACCGAGUUUGCAGAAGUAAGUGAUCAUUAAUUUGAAUUCGAUAAUGCAGGGAGAGUGAAGGUGGAUUACUUCUAGAGGACUGAUAUUAAGAGAAUCUUUGCUGCUGGUAGUUGUGCUCAUACCUAUUAUUAUACUAAUGGUACAGGCCAUAUUGGAGAUCAAUCGUAAGCAUGCUAUAAUUAAGGAAUGACUGCAGCCUAUAAUAUGUUGGCACUUAAUGUUCCUUGGCAUUAAAUCCCCUUCACUUGUACUGAACAAUUUGGAAAGGUGUUGUAAUAGGCUAGUUCAUGGCCACAAUUUGAUGAAGUUCAUAUUGAAGGAGAUCUGAAGGAAUGGGACUUCAUUAUCUAUUACGGUAUGAAUGACUUUGUUGUUGGGGCUGUUGGUAAACUAUUACUUUAGAUUUCAUGAA